AUGUCAUCAUCGACGUCCCUAGUAAGCAAUCCUCAAAGCGCCAUGUCUUCAGUGCUGCUUACAUACCCCCCCAAAACACCCUCUACCGUAUACGAACUUCACUUUGAAACUUUACAAGAGGUACUGUGUGAUCCUAAUUUGGAUGGUUUCUAUAUUUUGGGCGACUAUAAUCUCCCAGAUGUAACUUGGACACGAGGAACCACAGACGCCUUACAUGGUAGUGGAGUAGGCUCAUCCGUUACCUUUAACCUAUUAUGUAAUUUAAUCUCAUUUCUAGAUGCCGCACAAUACAACUACGUAGUGAAUACCAAAAAUAAAAUACUUGAUUUAUGCAUAUCAAACCGCUCGUGUAAGAUAUCGGCCGCUUUAAGUCCCCUACUUCCUGUUGACGCAUAUCAUCCACCCUUUGUUUGUGAUAUAGCUCUCAAUGCUGAUAUUGUUCCAAUGAAAAAGCGGACGCUUCAAAGGUACAAUUUUUAUAAGUCCGACUACACGCACAUCAACCGCAAAUUAGAGUCCACUGACUGGGAUGAAAUACUUACUCCACUGGGAUCUGAAGAAUCACUUAGCGCAUUUUACGGAAUCAUUGACGAAAUUAUCAAACAACACACGCCAUUUGUUGGCUCCAGAACCUCUGCUUUUCCUGUCUGGUUUUCGAAAUCUCUAAUUAGCACAUUUAGAAAAAAACGUAAAUCUUGGGUGAAAUGGAAGAAAUAUAACAACAUAUCAGACUAUGAGAUAUUUUCCCAGUAUAGAAAGCUAUUUAAGGAUGUGUGCAAUAAAUGUUUUUCUAAAUAUAUUGGAUCGGUCGAGGAUAGCAUACGCAAAAAUAUUAAUGAUUUCUGGAUAUACAUCUCUAAUCGUCGUGACAAACCUGGAAUACCAGCUAAGGUUGAAUAUAAUGAUGAUGUUUCAAGUGAUCCACAAACAAUAUGCAACAUGUUUUCUGAAUUCUUCUCUUCCGUUUACGAACCGCCCUCACCUACACUAUCGCAGUGGAGACCACCUGCCGAUUCAGCAUCCCAUGACACUACUAUUACUAAUCUUCAUUUUGAAGUAGAAAAGAGUCGAUAUGCAGUGUACAAUGUGCCUCAACCGUUUGAUUCCCUAUGUACAGAAAUAACUGAGGCAAGAAAUCGCAAACUUGAAGACGAAAAGGCUACUUGA